AAUGUUAUGAUAUAAAGUAUUGCACUUCAUAGCAUUUGCAUCUUGCAGUGGAUUAUAAGCAUGAAUCAUCGCAAAUCACUUGAAGGUUAUGAAGUUAUGCACAGACCGGCAGCGAGAGAAAGUGGAAUAAAAGCCAAUUUCAACCAAACACCACCAAUCUGGCCACAGUGUAUUCUCAUAUGCCACUGAUAUUAAAUAAUUCAACACCAUACACUUUCCAAGAGCACUAAUCUCCAUGUCUUUGUGUGUGAAUAAUGAAUGCAAUAAAAACUCAUCUGAUGUGGAAGGUGGAAAGUGGAGAUAGAAGAAAGUGGGUAUUGGAAAGGGAAGAGUGACAGCUGAGAGGGGAUGUUUGUCACACCCGCAGCUGAUCGAUGUUGACAUGAGGACGUGAACGACCCCUGGGGGGACAAAAAAAGUGUGAGGACACUUGCGUCAUCCAAAUGGAAUAUUUUCCUCCUGUGAUUGAUUUUAUACCUCAUGAGGGGAGUAGACAAAAGUAUCGGGACAGCUGAUCAUUACACCAAAAGGAUGUUUAUAUUGAGUUAUGUAAGACUAAUUAUAAGGUCUUGGUGUUUUUGUCUGUGGUAUUUUCUGUCCAUUUGUCCAAAACGGCACCUUGACAUCACAGUUCAAUUGCCUGCUAUUUUUUUACUGAAGUUUAUAAUAAGUGUAAUUCCGCUAUCGGCCACAAGAUGGCAGCAGAUAUAUUUAAUUUGAUUCGGUGCAAAUUUUAGAGAAGAAGAAACAAAGCCGUAUUUCUGCACAGCCUAGUUUUUGGUGAAAAAUAAUAAAUGUCAACGAGUAUAAGUUUUUGUAUUUCUUGGCUUCCCAUCACUGCUUCAUAGCAGCUUCUGGUGGAUUCAAACUUCUUAACAGUUUUUAUUUAAAAACAAAGUCUUUACUUUCUUCUCCUAUUGUCAAUUUAAUUCUUUUGUGUGGUGCUGAUUGAUGACGUUUCAUUGCACGCGCCCCUUUUUCAUUCAUUUAUUUUCAAGCCACAUCCUUCCACUGACUCAGCAUCCAACCAUGCACAGCCUCAAAGACUCAAAAGGGACUUGUCCCGUUUUUGCUUUCUAACCCCCAUCUUCUCUCUCUCUCUCUCUCUCUCUCUCUCUCUAGCUCUUUCUCGCUCCCCCAUCCCUCGCCUCUCAUAUCCAAUGUGAGGCUGUGACUAAAGCGCCCUCUCUCAGGCUGUUCGCUCACUGAGCGUGCUCACUGGCACCACCGCCGCAUGUUUUCACUUGGCUCUGCAGGAAUCGGCGUGCAUUCCUCUUUUCUUUUGACAUAACCUCCCCAGCACAGUUUAUUUUUGCUUGUGAAGGGGCUGCACAGGAGGGGCAAUACAUUGUUGAGCCCUGUGCUUGGACUGGUUGUGGAUGAGCCAAAACCAAGGAAGCAAGCCGGACCUCCUCGGAGGGUGUGUUUUUUUUUUUUUUUUUUUUCCUACUCUCUUCCUCAUAUUGGGAUGGAGGUGUGGACUUUUGUAUCACGCUGUCUUCUACUCCAUCGCAUAUGCCGCUGAGGCUGAGGGGGGUGUUUGCCUAGGAGGCUUUUAUUUUCUUCAUCAGCCUCUCCUGCUCAUCUUUCUCCCAAAACAACAUCUGGAGCUGUGAAUGGAUGUGUGUGUGCAACAAUCUAAUUGUGUUUUUGUUUUGUUUUUUUUGUGCUUGGAUUCAACAGUUUUGAGAGUCUAGAAAUUAAUAUCUUCUAUUCACAUUCAUUUUUGUCUGUCUUGUAUUUUUUAAGUCCAGCUCUUAUUUUGACUGACUUGAUUUUUUGAAUUUUUUAUUUGUACAACACCUUUCUAUAAUUUCUGUGACUGGGGUCGACCUGAAGACUUUCCAGCCAGAUCAGGACCUGUCACCCAAUCAGCUGCCACGACCCUCCAUGUGACCUGCUUGAUUCAUCUUAUCUCUGAAGGCAGUUGAUGGAGAGCCAUACGAAUGACAGCUGGGACAGUGGUCAUCACCGGUGGAAUUCUUGCUACGGUCAUAUUACUCCUUAUCAUCGCAGUACUGUGCUACUGCAGAUUGCAGUAUUACUGCUGUAAGAAGGAGGAGUCCGAGUCGGAGGAGGAGGAGCCGGACUUUGCCGUCACGUCGCGCCUGCCGCCGGUCCACUCCAACCACAACAUUGUGGCGGCCACGGCCGCCGCCUCGUCCAUUCCAAAUGGCCCCGCCCUCUUCCCCACCCCGCCUCUGGCCCGGAAACUAACCCGCUCGCAGACCUUCUGCCCGUCGUGCACUCACUACGAGCUACCCUUUUACCUGCAGCCCCCCGCCCCCCCGCCGGUCCUCCACCAAGUCGAUGGCUUGAGGAACGGCGGCGAUCGCGUUAGCUACCGCAGCAUGCCGCCACCCCCGCUGCAGCAACCGGACAUGGAACUCCCCGUGCCCGUUAACAUUUCCAACUAUCGUAAGCCGCACUUGGCCCGUUCAGUCACCAUGAGGGAAAUGUUCACUCGCAGCUGUAGCAUCAGCACUGACGUUUAGCCCAAAAAAAAAAAAAAAAGAUGGCGGUGUUCAAUGUCAUUGUAAUCCCUCUUGUGGUGUCAUCUGAUGUGGUCUGCUUUGGACACUCUCAGGACUCCAUUUGCUAUGUUCAGGUCAAGAAAGUUGAUUUAUUCCAGUUGUGACCUAACUUCUUGGCUUGAUAGCGCUUUUGUAAAAGAUUACAAAAUGUCAUUUAUAUAGUCAGGCCCCCCUCUUCUGCGGGAUGACGUCACGGUCAGGGAUUUUCUCUCUGCCAUCGUUGCGACAAAACAAAGUAAAAUGUGAUUAGGAGCCGUGUUUCCCUCUGUCUCCUCGUCCAUGCACAGAUUAUGGAGAUUAUGAAACAUAAUUCAGCGCCUGCGAGACGAGGGUGCCUUGCUUUUUUUUUUGCAGAUAGAUUUAACUUUGGCUGUGAUGUCAAAAUGACAUAAAGGGCUGACGGAAGCUAGAAAUUUAUUUCCUAUCCCCAAUUUUUUUUUUCCAGUACGCUUCGUAAAUUGAUGUGAAUCUGUCAGUUAUACGCUCACGUGACUGUGAAUGUAUAACUUCUAUUUAAUCCCUCGACGGGGUUCUCGCAAGAAUUUAGUAGGAAACGUUACAUAAGGUGGCGCUAAAAAAAAUAUUCAUUCAUUGAAAAGUGUAUUUUUAAAUCUGUUUUUGCCAUUAUCUGUACAGGAUGUGGCAAUAGUAUAGAACAAGGAACCAUAGUUGGUGACAUAGGGCACAAAAUCCCAUUUGCUAACUUUAUAAGGAGCGCAACUUUAGGUAAUGACUUUAGGGCAAGAAACCAUAUUUGAUCUAUUUAGGGGCAAAUCAACCAUGUUUACUUCAUAUAGGCCGUAUAUUGUACACAAUGUUUUAAAGAAAUCAAGUACAGAGCUAAAGAACAAAAAGCUGUUUAAUGCGCAUUUAAUGAUCAUUUUUAAUUAUUUAGGAAAUGUUACUGAAAGCAAAACAUGUACGUUUUCUGGUGGGUAAGAAACCAUGCAAAAAAUAAUAUUUUUGAUGGAAUUCUUCUAGAAAUCCUACUAAAUUCUCAUGGGAACGUAGCCAUGUAUUUAUUUAUUUAUUUUUGCGUUACCCAUGUGCUAAUCGGCAGCAAUAUGUUUUGCAUGUACUGCAAGACAAUUUACCAUAAUUAUUGAUUAUUCCUAAAAAAAAAAAGCUCUCCUCUGCUGAAGCUUCAUGGACUCUUCCGGACUUUCUUCUUUCUGUUGUCCUUGAUUUGUCAAUCCAUGGUGAAUUUAAUCAAGCUUUGAAAGCAUUUCUCUAAAUAUUUUCCAAGCUCCAAAAAGGUGACUUGCUGAGUGGCCUUGUUGGAAGGCUGCCGCCCGCUCGGACUAUGAAGCAGCGGCUUUUGAUUGUUCAUGGUCUUAAUGAAUGGAAUUAAUUAUGGCUUGAUAACAAGAGGAAGUGAAAGCGGACGCGACUACACUUGGACGCCCUUCCUUCUUCAACCGGAUGCUAUUGCACAUCCUCUUCAUCCUCCCCCCCUCCCCUCUUUGUUUAUCUAUUACAGGACACGCUCAUUUAUUUUUCCAAAGGAUCAUAGAUGGAGUGAUUGACGUGCUUUCUUGCAACUAUACCGUGAUGCUUUCGCGACGAGACAUUUCGACAGGGAACUUGGUGCCAUAACGAAGAAGACAAACUCUAUUCUUGUUAGUAUUAUUCAGAUAACAAAUAACAUAUUCAAACGCAGUGUUGCUUUUACGUCAAAAGUAUUUGCUCAUGAACAACAGACACAUUUAAUGUCUUUGUUUUUAAAUGGAAACCCGGCUAACAGACACAAUGUUGAUAAUAAAAUGGUGUUAAAGCAUA